AUGUCCAGCUUCCAGCCCGAAGACCAGUCCCAAGGCACAAGGCGGGUUGGCUCCCAAGACGGCGCAGAGUACCCAGAGAGGAGUGCACUGGUCGGUGGCUCGGCCUCGCUACCAUGUAACAUCACGCCGCCGACGCUGGACGAUGCCGUGGCGCUGGUUCUCUGGUACCGAGGGGACUCGGGGACUCCCAUCUUCAGUCUGGACGCGCGCAAUUCGCCACCCGACGCCGAGCGGACGUUCGUGGACGACUCGCUCGGCUCGCGCGCCUACUUCAAUCGGACGGGCUCUAUGGCCACGCUGCAGCUGCAGCCCGUGCGGGACGUCGACGACGGCGAGUACCGCUGCCGAGUCGACUACAAGAGGUCCCGCACCCAGAAUAGGAUUGUGCGCCUCAACGUCAUUGUGCCUCCAACGGAAGUCCUGAUAACAAACAGAACGGGAGAGCCAUUACGAAACCGUCCAAUUAUCGGGCCGUUCAAUGAAGGUUCCUCUCUCACGCUUGUCUGCAAAGCACUUGGAGGUCGGCCACCACCUCAGGUCACAUGGUGGCUCGGUGGCGAGAUGGUUGACGAUUCUUACUCGCCAGCGGGAGAAGGCGUCGUACGCAAUGACCUCGUCAUAGGCAAACUGCAGCGUUCGGACCUGAUGGCCACGUACCGCUGCCAGGCCUCCAACAACAACCAGACCGUGCCUGUGUCCACAUCGGUGUCGCUGGACCUAAAUCUGCGUCCGCUGGAAGUGGACAUCGUGACGUCACAGCCCGUGCUGUUGGACGGCCAAGUGAUCGACGUGGAAUGCCAGGCUCGUGGCGCCCAGCCCAAGGCGGCCAUACAAUGGUUCCUGGACGACGUCCCACUGAACGGCUCCACGCUGGCCACGGACGCGACGCGCACCACGAGCGUGCUCCACCUCGAAGCGCACGCCGACAUGAACGGCAGGAGGCUCGGCUGCCGUGGUUUCAACCCGCACCUUCCCGACAGCGAGCUGUUCGACUAUUGGAUUCUCGACGUGCAUUUCAAACCGGUGCUGCAGCUCAACCUGGUUUCGCUCGAUGCGAGCAAACAGAUCAGCGAAGGGAGCAGUGUCUACUUCGACUGUAACGUGCAGGCCAACCCUCCCGUCAAGCAAGUUGGCUGGCUCCACGAAGGAGCACAACUCGAACCCAGCCCCGACAUACGCAUCGAACAAGUGCGCCUCGUCAUCGACCGAUUGCAAAGGCACCAGGCCGGCCACUAUCAAUGCGCCGCCACCAACGAACUAGGUCAUGGUGUGUCCGAAAAGGUCUUCCUCAUGGUCUACUACCCUCCCAAGUGUCGCGAGAAGCAGAAGACAGUGUACCACGUGGCACGGCACGAGAUCACCAAGGUCACGUGUGACGUCGAAGCUGACCCGCCUGACGUUCGCUUCACGUGGCGCUUCAACAGCAGCCUCGAAAGCCUCGACAUAGUCGCCUUCAACCAAUCGGGUCCGCGCAGCAGCUCGGCAUUCUACACGCCUCGGCGCAAGGCUGACUACGGCGCACUCCUCUGCAUCGCCACCAACUCGCUGGGGCUACUUCCAGGUGAGGCUGCGAUGGUGUCGGCAUCCAGUCCACUGCUAGGAAUCUUGGUUGGCGUGUUUGCACUUCUCGUCUUCAUCGGCAUCAUCAUCAUCAUUGUGAUGAAAGUGAAAACUGGGAAGAGGAAAUCAGCUGCCAAAAGAAGAAAAGAAGACGACAAGUCACACACGCCUUUGAAGAAGGAAAUUGUGGACAUUACUGAAGUCGAAGACAAAUGCCCAGAUAUUAUCCCGCCAAGGAAUCUCGGGAUUGUUUCAGGUUCGAACUACUCGGAUAUUGAAAUGAAGUACGUCGAACCGCACAUCACGGAUCGAAUUUCAUCUUACGAAAACGGGUCUGAGAAAAAGUAUCCAGAGAGUUUCACGCCCACGUUAUCUGCCAACUGCUACAUGCCAAAGCAGCGCGCCGAAGACCUGACGUACGCCGAGCUGAGCCUGCCUCCGAGCACGCAGUCCACGUUCAGCCGGUCGCUUUCGAGGUCGGGCUGUCGCGCCGUGGUGAGCUCGCCCCCGCUGACGGGCCCUCACGAGCCGCCCACGGAGUACGCCGACAUCGACUUCGUGGCGACCCGUGCUCACGGUAUGCCUUCCUCUCCACUCGCGCCGUCCUCCCCUUCUCCGCCGAGUCAUGGUGGCGGUGGUGGUGCAAGUCGCGCUGGCACCGAGGUCUGGGUGCCACCACGCUCCGCCUUUGACAGUUGGCCCAAGUACACAAUCAAGAGGCCCGGGUCGCCCAAUCCUCGCCUAGCUUCCGAGGAACAAGCCUUCUCGGCCUCGCACUCGCGACAGCCUCCAUCCGCCUCUUCCUCCACUCUGCGCUCCGCAUCCUGCCUUUAG